AUGCGAACCAACCUUGGACAGCGCAGCCGGCAUCUCCCUGGCCCGAGGACGGCAAAUCAAUCAAAUCCCUUGAGCGAUCCGGCCUCCUAUCCACCUACCGAUUUGGUUGGCUUGAUCCCUUUGACUCGUAUCCUCGGACGAGACUGCCUCGGGAACAUGUCCAACGCCUCAUCUACAGCUCGGAGAGAACCAGUCCUUCACAAAAUUGCCUUCCAAUAUUAUCCUCUCGACGUAAAUGCAACCUCAAAUCCAUUCCUUGUCUCUUGGUGGCCUCUCGCUCUCCGAGACCCAGCUCUCUUUCAUGUCUCGCUGCAGACGGCAUGUCUUGACGAGGAAUUGUUGGCCCAGAAGGGGUUUCAAGCCUCCGGAAUUUUGAUGGCUGACUCCGUGUCUUUACUGCGACAGAAGAUUGGAGACAUCUCACUUGCUGUACAAGACGGAACACUGAAUGCCGUCAUCACCUUGGCAACAAUUGAGUUCGGCAAGGGAAAUAUCGAGGUCAGCGAGAUGCAUGUUGAAGGGGUUAGAAGACUGGUCCGUUUGAGAGGUGGUAUCAAUUCAGUGAGGCAGACUAGCCCGCUUACUGCAAGAAUGAUCAGCUGGGUCUCAAUGCUCAUCAUGGGCCAUCCGCAAUUUCCUGUCCAAGAUGAUGCCGGCACCGGAGAUGGUAUACCUCCCCUUCCAGAAUGGCAAUUAGGCCCGACUACCUUGGAUGAUACACCAGAGAUAAGCUGGGUUAUCGAGGACGCUGUCGUCCGGAAUGCCUUCCUUCGUCUCCGGUAUGUGUUCCAAAGCGCACAAGGCGCACGCUUGCUCGGCACCCGACUUCACGAUCUCGCCUGUUUUGUCAUACAUCAACUUUUGCGGGUGGUUCCAGACAUACCACAUCUCCACUCAUCACCCAUCACGGAAUGCAUCCGCUACGCACUUAUACUCUACAUGUUCAUCAUUCAAGGGCCGACUUAUUACUCGCACGCCGUCAUCUUCAACUCCCUCGUCAACCAGUUUGUGGGGUAUUUACAAGAGCUCGAAUCUAUACCUCACGUGUAUGAUUCACUUGAUGUCUGGAUUUUUGGAAUUGGACUGGUGGCUUCUACGGAUACCCCAAGUUAUCGGUGGUUGACGGAGAGGGCACGAGCCGUCUCUGCAUCACUGCAGUUAUAUAGUUGCGAUGAUGCUUUUGCAUGCAUCAAAAGCGUCUGCUGGUUGGAGACCGCUCGGGGCGUAGAUCUUUUUCGAUUUCAUUGGGUAGCCAUUCUGGGUGAUCGUAGCCCUUUAGACCCAUUGGAAUUUGCACUCAGCCCCUCACCGAGCAGCCUUUGUGGGGCAUCUCUGUAG